GGGGAGGAUUAGAAGCUCUGAUCAGCGGCUCCUUCAACACUUUAACACUUUCUGUCGUUUCUGUCGAAGACACGUCACACCGCUCGUGACCGACGUCACACUGCUCGUGACCGACGUCACACUAAAGUAUACGUUAGGUUAAGCGCGAGGAGACGCAGCAAACCGGUUUCCUUGACAACGAGCAGGUGUUCUGUGGCGUCCAUCAUGUCGUCUGUGGAGUCCAGCGGUGACGGGGGAAGUGGCUGGACGCCCACUACGACCCGGUGGCGGGUCUGUUCAGCUUCUCGUCCUGCGUGGACCUGGCGGACCUGAGCGGGGACGGGGAGAGCCGGCUGGUGGUGGGGGACCUGGGCUCCGGCUCGACGGGCAUGAAGCUGAAGGUGUACCGGGGCACGGCGCUGAUGAGCGAGAGCACCCUGCUGGACCUGCCCGCCGGCCUCGUCGCCUUCUUCAUGGACCUGCAUGAGCCGCGCAUCCCCGCCGUCGCCGUGGCGUCCGGACCCUGCAUCUACGUCUACAAGAACCUGAGACCGUACUUCAAGUUCACGCUGCCCGGCCUGGAAGUCAACUCCCUGGAGCAGG